CCAAAUAAACGGGGCGGAAGAGCCACAGAUCCCAUAGUCUUACUGCUUCGAUUCUCCCCACGAGUAAUGGGACUUCUCCAAUUCAAUUCUCCCGGCAUCUCUUCCAUUCCGAUCACUUCGAGCUUCAACUACAACUCCAAAUCCCUCAGACCGCUCCACCUCCCCAACCAGGUAAGCCUGGAGAGGCGCAAGCUCUUCGCCAUUUCCACAAACACCACGAGCGGUGGAUCCGAAAGCGCCGACGUCGCGUCCGAAGAGCCUCCGUCCAUCGACUUCGCGUUCGUGAAUUCCAAGCUGCUACCGGACGGCACGCCGGACGUGCAGUAUCGGUCUGCGUGCGGUGGGCAGAAGCUAAGGGACAUCAUGCUGGACAACAACAUUGAUCUUUACGGGCCAUAUGAUGGACCUCUGCUGAACUGUUCUGGAGGUGGCACCUGUGGAACAUGUAUUGUGGAGGUGGUUGAGGGCAAAGAAAUCCUAAGCCUGAGAACUGACAAAGAGAAGGAAUUGCUCAAGAAGAAACCCAAGACAUGGAGAUUAGCAUGCCAAACUAUGGUUGGCAACAAGGAUUCUAGAGGACAAAUUAUAAUCCAACAGUUGCCAGAGUGGAAGGUGCAUGAAUGGGAAAAAUGAAGUGGGGACAAGACACAGAAUUGUGUUGAGCAAUAUGGUUCAUGGUGUUCUGCGUUGCUACUGCUAAGGAACUUAGUCAUCUCCUUCCAGGGUUGAGGAUGCCUUAGGCUGAGAUGGUUCAUGAGAUUUAUACACAUUUGUCGUUUGUACUUGCAAGCAUGUGUAAUAACAAAUGUGUUGUUCA